AAUUAAUGUCAGAGAUUGAAAUAUUAAAUAAAAGGGUUGAACAUUUGGAUGAAGAACUUGAAACCUACAAAAAUCCUGGUACAAUCCCUUUGCAGCUUGUGCUUAAGUAUCCUUUGCAUCAUAAUUUACAGUCGGUUGAAGAUCCAGAGGCUGGUGAAGAGGAACUCGGCUCUUUGCUACCAAAAAGGAAAAAAAGAAAAACCAUGCCUUUUUCUCAACUUCUUACAAAUGAAAAAUCUUUGCAAGAGUUGAGGGAAGUGAAAGAGGAGGCCGAAAGAGUAGCCAAUGAGAAACGACAUAAAAAAGAG